AUGUGUUUCAAAAGUUUAGAUUGUGCAGCAGAUAAUGCGAUCUGCGAUGAAUCAAAAACUUGCCAAUGUCCUGUUGACUUUUACCUAUCUGUCAACAAAGAGGAGUGUUAUUCAUAUGCAAAAAAACAAACCGAUUUCUGUGAAACUGAUAUUGCUUGUCGUAAUCUCAAAUAUACUUACUGUUCUGAAGACUAUAAAUGUGCCUGUUUACAAAACUACAUCACAGUAGACGGCCAUUGUCGGGGCUUGAUUAACGCCACAUGUUCCGAAGAUUCAGACUGUGCAGUGAAUAAUUCAAUUUGUGAUGAAUCAAACACUUGCCAAUGUCCUGUGAGUUCUUACCUGUCUUCAAACAAAGACAACUGCAAUCUUUAUGCCGAAAAAAUAUAUGAUUACUGUGAUAAUGACAAUAGCUGUCGUGAUCUCCAAUUUACCUAUUGCUCUGCUGACAAAAAAUGUACUUGUGUAUCAAACUAUAAAGAAAUUGCUGGACAUUGCCGCGCCCUUAUCAAUGCAUCUUGUUCACAAGAAUCGGAAUGCGCAGCAAACAAUUCAGCUUGUGAAUUAAAUAUUUGCCAGUGUAGUAUCGACUUUUAUCCUUCUUCGAACAAAGACAAGUGCCUUCCAUACGCUAAGCAACUCUCUGAUUUCUGCGAGGCCAACAUCGGUUGUCGGGAUGUCAAAUAUACUUACUGCUCUGACGACAAUAGAUGUGUUUGUUCACCAAACUAUACAGCAGUAGAGGGAUAUUGUCACGGUUUCAUAGGUUCUCAUUGUUCUGAAAGCUCAGAUUGUGCCUCAAAUAAUUCUAUAUGUCUAUCGAACAUUUGUCAGUGUUCUGUAGAUUCAUAUUUGUCAACCAAUGACAGCAAAUGCCAUUUGCUCGCUAAAAGAAUUUACGAUUCUUGUGAAACUGAUACUGGUUGCCGCGACCUAAAAUACACAUACUGUUUGGAAGAUAACAGAUGUACUUGUUUAGAAAACUAUACAAUAGUAAAUGGGUACUGCCUCGGAUUGAUUGAUGCAAAGUGCUCUAGUGAUUUUGAUUGUGCAAUAGAUAAUUCGAUUUGCGAUGACUCAAAUACUUGUCAGUGUCCUGUCGAUAGCUACUUGUCUGUAGGUAAAAAUAAAUGUCAUCCGUAUGUUAAACAUCUACAUGAUUUCUGCGAAAAUGAUAUGAGUUGUCGUGGUCUCAAAUUCACUUAUUGCUUUGAAGGGAAAUGUACAUGUUUAAUCAACUAUAUAAGUAAUAAUGGAUCUUGUCUUGGUUUGAUUGGCUCAGCGUGUUCUGAUGACUUAGAAUGUGCCGCCGAAAAUUCAGUAUGUGACCAAAAAAAUACAUGCCAAUGUUCUGUUGACUUCUAUCCUUCUUUAAAUAAAGAGAAAUGUCAUCAAUAUGCUAAAAAACUAGAUGAUGUGUGUGAAACAGAUAUUGGCUGUCGAAAUUUGAGCUUUACGAACUGUUCUAAAGACUACAAAUGUUCUUGUUUCGAAAAUUAUACUGUAGUUAACGGAUAUUGUCGCGGACUUAUUGAUGCAAAGUGUUCAGAUGAUUUAGAUUGUGCGGUAGAAAAUUCAAUUUGUGAUGAAUCGAACACUUGUCAAUGUUCUGUUGAUAGCUACUUGUCUGUAGAGAAAAAUAAAUGUCAUCCGUAUGCUAAACAUCUACAUGAUUUCUGCGAAAAUGAUAUGAGUUGUCGUGGUCUCAAAUUCACUUAUUGCUUUGAAGGGAAAUGUACAUGUUUAAUCAACUAUAUAAGUAAUAAUGGAUCUUGUCUUGGUUUGAUUGGCUCAGCGUGUUCUGAUGAUUUAGAAUGUGCCGCCGAAAAUUCAGUAUGUGACCAAACAAAUACAUGCCAAUGUUCUGUUGACUUCUAUCCUUCUUUGAAUAAAGAAAAAUGUCAUCAAUAUGCUAAAAAACUAGAUGAUGUGUGUGAAACAGAUAUUGGUUGUCGAAAUUUGAGCUUUACGAACUGUUCUAAAGACUACAAAUGUUCUUGCAUCGAAAAUUAUACUGUAGUUAACGGGUAUUGUCGCGGACUUAUUGAUGCAAAGUGUUCAGAUGAUUUAGAUUGUGCGGUAGAAAAUUCAAUUUGUGACGAAUCGAACACUUGUCAAUGUUCUGUUGACAACUAUUUAUCCGUAGACAAAAGAAAAUGUUACGCAUUCGCUAAACAAUUGAAUGACUUCUGCGAAAGUAAAAACGGCUGCCGUGAUUUAAAAUACACGUACUGCUCUGAAGGCAAUAGUUGUAUUUGUUCUGAAAACUAUAUCGAAGUAGACGGGUAUUGUCGUGGGCUUAUAGGUACGAAUUGUUCAGGAAAUUCAGAUUGCGCAAUAGAGAGAUCGAUAUGCCAAUCGAGUACUUGUCAGUGUCCGAAUGAUUUCUAUUUAUCUGAGAGUGGUAACCAGUGUUAUCAAUAUGCGAAAGAACUCAAUAAUUUUUGUGAAACUGAUAUUAGCUGUCGUGAGUUUAAGUACACACAUUGUUCUGAUGAUAACAGGUGUGCGUGUUUAGAAAAUUAUACGGUAGUUGAUGGUAACUGUCGUGGGUUAAUUAACGCAAAUUGUUCUGAUGAUUUGGAUUGCGCUAUAGAAAACUCGAUUUGCAAAUUCGACACUUGUCAGUGCUCUAGUAAUUUUUAUUUAUCAAUUAAUAAAAAAAAAUGCUAUCCAUAUGCUAAGCAAUUAAACGACUUUUGCGAAAACGAUAUUGGUUGUACUGAUCUCAAACACGCAGUUUGUUCCAACAGUAACCAGUGUACAUGUUCUUCUAAUUACGCAGUGAUAGAAGGGCAUUGUCUGGGUUUAAUUGGUGCGAAUUGUUCUAAUGAUUUAGACUGUGGAGUAGACGAAUCGAUUUGUGAAUCGAAUAUUUGUCAAUGCCGCUAUGGUUUUUAUUUAUCUGAGAACCAGGAAAAAUGUUACGCGCAAGCUAAACAACUCAACGAAUUUUGCGAAAAUGAUGUCGGUUGUAGUGAUCUAAAAUACACUGUUUGUUCUGAAGAGAACGAGUGUGUUUGCUUACGUAACUAUACAAACAUGAAAGGACAGUGCAGAGCUGACAUUGGUUUGAACUGUUCUGAAGACUUAGACUGUGCGGUGGACAAGUCGAUUUGCAAAUCAAAUCUUUGUCAGUGUCCUAAUGACUAUUAUGUGUCUACAACGAAAGGAAAAUGUUUCCAGUAUGCAAAACAAUUAAAUGAAUUCUGCGAAGACAACGUUGGCUGUCAAGAUCUUAAGUAUAGUUACUGCUCGCAAGAUAAUGAAUGUAUUUGCUCGGCCAACUAUAGAGAAGUAAGUGGAUAUUGUCGAGGAUUGAUUGGGGCCAAUUGUUCAGAUGAUUUAGAUUGUGAAGCAGAAUAUUCAUCAUGCGAUGAUUUUAAUACUUGCCAAUGCGAGGUUGAUUUUUAUCUAUCUACGAACAAAGAUAAAUGCUAUUCCUUUGCUUCACAAGUUAAUGACUUUUGCGAAACUGAUAUUGGUUGUCAAAAACGUGAUCACACUCGCUGCUGGGAAAACGCGUGUACUUGCUGGCCGAAUUACACUAUAGUAGAUGGGAAUUGCCGUGGACUUAUAAAUGCAAAAUGCUUUGUAGACUCCGAUUGCUCCAUAGAAAGUUCAAUUUGUGCUUCUAACACUUGUCAAUGUCCUAUCAAUUUUUAUCUUUCUGCAGACGAAAAACAGUGUCAUUCAUUCGCUAAACACAUCAAUGACUUCUGUGAAACUGAUGUUGGUUGUCGUGACCUAAAGUUCUCAUAUUGUUCCAAAGACAACAAAUGUACUUGUUUACUUGGCUUUAUAGAUGAUGAUGGAUAUUGCAGUGGACUAAUUGGCUCGAUGUGUUUCAAAAGUUUAGAUUGCGCAGCAGAUAAUGCGAUCUGCGAUGAAUCAAAAACUUGCCAAUGUCCUGUUGACUUUUACCUAUCUGUCAACAAAGAGGAGUGUUAUCCAUAUGCAAAAAAGCAAACCGAUUUCUGUGAAACUGAUAUUGCUUGUCGUAAUCUCAAAUACACUUACUGUUCUGAAGACUAUAAAUGUGCCUGUUUACAAAACUACAUCACAGUAGACGGCCAUUGUCGGAGUUCCAUUAACGCCACAUGUUUCGAAGAGUCAGACUGUGCAGUGAAUAAUUCAAUUUGUGAUGAAUCAAACACUUGCCAAUGCCCUGUGAAUUCCUACCUGUCUUCAAACAACGACAACUGCAAUCGUUAUGCCCAAAAGAUGGAUGACUCCUGCGAAAACAAUAAUAGUUGUCGUGAUCUUAAAUUUUCAUACUGUUCAGAUAAUAAAAAAUGUACUUGCUUACCAAAUUAUAAAAAAUUGCAUGGUCAUUGCCUUGGUGUCAUUGAUGCGAAUUGUUUCAAUGAUUCAGAUUGCGCAAUAGAAAAUUCAAUAUGUGAUACAAACAUUUGCAAAUGUCGUAUCGAUUCCUAUCUGUCUGCAAGUAAAAAUAAAUGUCAGUCAUACGCUAAUCGAGUCAAUGAUUUUUGUGAAGCGAACAAUAGCUGCCGUAACCUCAACAAUACUUACUGUUCUAAAGACCAUAAAUGCGUGUGUCUUAAAAACUAUACUCUGAUAGAAAAUUAUUGUCGUGGCUUUAUAGGAUCGAAUUGUUCCCAAGAUUUAGAUUGCGCCUCCGAAAAUUCAGUCUGCAGCAAAUCGACCUGCCAAUGCCACGAUAAUUUCUAUCUCUCUGCGAACGAAACCAAUUGUUACGCUUACGCAGAACGCAUAGAAAAUUUUUGUGAAGACGACGUUGGUUGUCGCAAUCUUAAGUAUACGUACUGUUCAAAAAACAACAAAUGCACUUGUUUGCCAAAUUAUGUUCAAGUUAACGACCGUUGCCGCGGACUUAUCAAUGCAAAGUGCCUCAAAGAUGUAGAUUGCGCAGUAAACAAUUCAAUAUGCGAUGAAUCAAAUAGUUGUCAAUGUCUCAAUGGUUUUUACCUGUCUGCGAACAAAGGAAAAUGCCAUCAAUAUGCAAAACAAUUGGAUGAUUUCUGCGAAACUGAUGACGGAUGUCGCAAUUUAAAAUACGCGCACUGUUCUAAAAAAAAUAAGUGUAUUUGCCUACUAAACUAUACUGAGGCAGGCGGUUAUUGUCGAGGUUUUAUUGGUUCUAAUUGUUCUGAAAAUUUAGAUUGUUUAGUAGAUUACUUAGUAUGCAAAUCAAAUGUAUGUCAGUGUCCUGAUAAUUUUUAUUUUUCUUCAAGCCAACAACAAUGCAUCCCGUAUGCUAAACAACUCAAGGAUUUCUGUGAAACUGAUAAAAGUUGCCGUGAUAUUAAAUUCACACAUUGCUCUGAAAAUAAACAAUGCACCUGUUUACCAAAUUAUGUCGAAAAAGAUGGAAAUUGUCGUGGACUUAUUGAUGAAUUCUGUUUUGAAGAUUCUGAUUGCAAGGUAGAAAAUUCCCGAUGCAAUUCAAAUGUUUGUCAAUGUUCUUUUGAUUACUAUCCAUCUGUCAAUAAUGACAACUGUUUCAAAUACGCUCAAAAUCUUACUGAUUAUUGCGAAGACAAUGAAGGCUGCCGCAAAAUUAAGUAUUCGUUUUGUUCGGAUGAUAAAAACUGCACUUGUUUUACUCCAUACAAAGAAAAUGGUGGACAGUGUCUUGGGGUUUUCAAUGCGAGCUGCUUUAAUGAGACGGAUUGCGAUAGUUUUUAUGAAUGUUCAUCAAAUCGCUGCUCGUGCCGCGAUAAUUUUGUCUUUGACGACUAUCAUAAGUGCAUUCCAGUGAACCGAUAUUUAGGAGAUUCUUGUAUAGAUAAUGAAUACUGCAGAAGCAUCGAACAUUCGUCCUGCGAUUCAGAUUAUCACUGCACUUGUUCAACAAACUACAUAAAUGUGAAUGGAAGCUGUCUUCAUUAUCUUGGUACAUGUUGCUUCAAAGAUUCUGACUGUGGAAUAAAAGAUUCGAUAUGUCAAGGAUAUACUUGUAAAUGCAAGAAAAAAUACUUUUUUCAUCCGUUUUUUAUAGAAUGUCGAAAAAAAUAAAUAUACCCGUUGAAAAAUCAUACCUCAU